CUUCAUCCCACAGCCAUGUCCUGCUACGAUCUGUGCCGUCCCUGUGGCCCAACCCCGCUGGCCAACAGCUGCAACGAGCCCUGUGUCAGGCAGUGCCAGGACUCCCGCGUGGUGAUCCAGCCCUCUCCCGUGGUGGUGACCCUGCCCGGACCCAUCCUCAGCUCCUUCCCCCAGAACACCGCUGUGGGAUCCUCAGCAUCUGCUGCUGUUGGCAGCAUCCUGAGUGAGGAGGGAGUGCCCAUCUCCUCCGGGGGCUAUGGCCUCUCUGGCCUUGGUGGUCGCUACUGUGGCAGAAGGUGCCUGCCCUGCUAAAGCCGGGAUGGACGCCCAGUGAGUGCAUCGACCAGGAAGCCCAGAGCCAGGUGCCGGACUGAGGACGGAGCUGCUGGCCCGGGUUUCCAGAUGGGUUGAGCAGCCUUGUGCCCUCCUGCAAAGGAGGGAGGGAAGCAAUUGCUGUCUGGAAACAUGGCCAACAUAUGUCU